GCAAAUCAGUAAAGGAGCCCAUGUUCCUUCACCUUUGUCCUCUCUCUCUCCUUUCAAAAUGCACAGUCAAGAGACUCAAGACCCUCGCUGAAACGCACACAGACACGCACUUCCUUGAAAAACCAGUCUACUUCCCCACUCUCUCUGCAAGUAGUUACUUUGUCUCAUUCCCGCAUCUAAUUUCGAUCAACAUUUUCAUUUUCAAUUGCCCUUUACUAACAAAUAUUAGUAUAAUCACUCAAAAAACAGAACCAUAUGUGAUUUUCACUAUUUCUCUCUCUUUAGAUCUACAAAUUUUUAAAAGAUCGAAACUUACAAUAACCCAUUUCAUUUUUUUAUACAAAUUUAAAAUCCCACUUCACCAAACUCUCAUUAGUUUCCUGUAAAUGUAAUGCCUCUCGGUUUGAGAUCUGAAAGGUUGAAGCUUCGAGGGGCCAGUGAUGUAAUUCGGGUGGCAUUUUGUUGUGAGUGAUAUUUAAGAGGAGAGAUGGGAUCCAGUGGAAGCAAGGCAUAUCGUGGUGGUGCAUCGUCGUCGUCAUCAUCAAGUGGAAGUGGACGGAAGGGAAAAUCUAAAGGGAGGAGUAAGGUUUUCCAGUCUUCUUGUUUGGGUACUCCUUGUGGAUCUCGCGAUAGUACCAGUGGUGACCGUGUUUGUGAUGGUGGGAAUAAAGAAAAUUGUGAAGGAAAUGCUUCAUCUACUAACCGGAAUGAAAUAGACUCCGAUGAGGUUAAAAUUGAGUGUUAUGGAAACGUUAAAGUGGAGCAAUCUGAUAAAACGCCCUGCAUAUCGUCGGAUGUUGAGCUCGAUGAAUGGAAUCAAGCAAGUAUCACAAACACUUCCUCUAGAACAGGUAGCAGCUCUGCUCGAGCUGCUGCUCCUACACAGUCAUCGACCUUUCCAAGUCGGCUUCUUUCUCGCUUGAGUUUUAUUCCCGGUAAUGUGAGUUUUAGGUUGAGCAGAGCAGUGAGUUUAGGGUCGUCAAGGGCAUAUCACACUCAUUCAACUGGUCCCAGAAUGUUUGAUGGUGAAGAUGAGAUUCGCCAUCAUCCACAGUCUGCCAAUUCUGUUGUUGAUGGAAAUGGAAAUGAAAUACAACAAAUUAGUGAUUUAUUGGCUACAUCCCUGGUGAGUAGAACUGCACAUCAUCAUGAAGAUACGGCUGCUGGUUUGCAGUUGCAUAGUCAAGCACCUGAUCUCUUGGACAACAUGCAAGAAAACCAGAAUAUUUUUUCAAUUCGCAAUUCAGGAAGAGAUGGAGGUGGAAAUAGAGUGGAGGUUGAUGCAAACUUACGUUCUCCUAGAAUGUUCAAUGACAUGGAUGGGAUUGAGACUAGACUUUCCGAUAGGCGAAUUGGAGCACGAGAACCUGCUGAGCGUAAUGUUCGUUUUAGCCGAACCUUAAGUGUUGGAAGACUUCGUGAUAGAGUUCUUCGUCGGUCAUCACUACCGGAACUUACAUUUUGUCCCUUGCAACAAGAGAGAGAAAUGAGAGGUUCUAGCCAGGGUAGUGGGAGACAGGCAGUGGGUGGGGAGAUGAGGGUGUCAGAAUCUGAAGGGAAUACUCUAACCUCCACAACUGCACUGGGUUAUCCUCCAUCUGGCAUGUCUAGCUCACUGUUCAGCAUUCAAGAUCAUGAGGUGGAAACCUCUAGAACAAGAGAAGCCAGGUAUCGUGACUUGCUAGAGCAUAGAUCAAAUUUCCUUGAACGGAGGAGAAGAAUACGAUCUCAGGUUCGCGCUCUUCAGAGGUUGGGAAGCCGUUUCGAAAACCUCUCUGGACAUGAGAGGUCUUGUAUUUUAUCCGGUCAACACAGAACAGGUCGCUGUACAUGUCGUGUAAAUAAUCGAGAUGCAAACUUAAAUGAUGACACAAGUGCUAGGGCUAGCAUAUCAAGAAUUGUCAUGUUAGCUGAAGCUCUAUUUGAGGUUCUGGAUGAAAUUCACCAGCAAUCAGUUGUAUUAUCCUCUCUUCCUUCCAUGUCUUCACUUGGAUCUGUACCCGCUCCUAAUGAAAUAGUGGAAUCUUUGCCAGUUAAAUUAUAUGCCAAGUCCCAGAAACAUCAGAAUGAGGAUACAGCUCAAUGUUACAUAUGCCUUGUGGAAUAUGAGGAAGGAGACAGCAUGCGAGUGUUGCCUUGCCAUCAUGAAUUCCACAGAACAUGUGUAGACAAGUGGCUUAAGGAGAUUCACAGGGUAUGUCCACUUUGUCGUGGUGAUAUUUGUAGAUCUGAAUCAUCGCCUGCUGAAAACUAAGGCGACCAGUUUACAAGCAGCUACCUGAUGACCUCAGGAACUCCUGCCAUCACCAAGUUCUCCAGCAUGACAAAUGUCUCAAAAGUUCAGUCCUUUUCUUACAGCACAGGUGAUUUUUCUGUGGUUUCAGUGCAAGCUGAUUAACGUUAAAUUCUGGCUGAAAUGGACUGAACCAUGGUUUGAGGUGGUCGGCUGUAUGUGGGGUAGAAUUUUUGCUCAUUCCAUUUUUUUUCAUUUGGCCUAGAAACCCAAAUGAUAUAUUCAGCAAAGAGGCUCUUUUAUCAGAUUGAAAACAUCAAGCAUCUAAUAUCAGUCCUUCCAUUAUUUUGGUGCUUAUUCUCACAGGGAUCCAACUUGUAACGAUUUCUCUUCACCACCGUGUAUUUUAUUUUCGAAAGUAAUACAAAAUUUGAUGAUCCCAGUAUUUGAUUCAA